GAAAUAACAUUCGGCAUGGAAAUGUUUGCUAAUUUAAUCGAUAAAGAUCAACUGAAAGAACCGGUGACUAUUCCUCUUACAGUGGCAAUAAAGAUUUUCACGAAAACCCUUGAGAAUCGAUGUAAUGAAAUUUUUAACAGUAAAGAUCAUCCACUUAAUUUGAUUAAUAACGCAAAAUCUGCCUGUGAUAGAUAUAAUUUUCUAUUUCAUAGCGAUAUUAAAUGCAGUCAAGGGAUUUGCGGAAUUAGUGGUCAUUGGAUUAUUGGCAAUAAAGAAGAAUGGAGAAAUGAAUUAGAUGAAAUGCGACAAAAAGAAAUUCAAGAGAAUGCUUUAAAAAUUCUUCAAAAUAAACCGGCAGGAAAAAAACGAAAUAAAUGGAUGCAACAAGGACCUUUAGGAAAUAAUCAACCUAUACUCACUAAGAAAAAAGGUAAACAAGAAGCGGAGGAUGCGGAGAUCGAGCAACAAAAGAAACAAGAAAACAAAAUUUCUUGGGCUGAUGAUGCUGAGAUAGCAUUUGGAGAUGUUGGGCCACAGCAAACCUUAAAUUUCAAUCCUAUCUCAAAGGAUAUUAAACUCAUGAGCGAAAAUACAAUCCUUGAGAGUCAAGGUUUUAAUGUGAGUGGUCAUGAAACGAAAGAUCAGACAGAGAAAAUGUCAAAAAAUGGCGAAGGAGAGAACCUUUUUGACAUGAUCUCGUUUGGUGAUAAGCAGCAGUCCGAUGAUUUUAUUGACAACUUGAGCAUUGGGAACAGUGAAUUAAAAGAAAGCAGGAAAAAUGACAGAGAAAUGGAAAAUACAGAUGAAGAAAAUGUUCGGACACGCGACUUAGGGAUUGCGAAGACGAGUAACGAUGUCGAAGAAAAUAUGAAAACACCUGACAUAGGGUUUGUAAAAAUGAGUGAUGAUAACGAUGAAAAUAUUCGAACUUCCGACAUAAAGACGAGUGACAAAAAUAUUAGAGCACCUGAUGCAAGAUUUAUUCCACAAAAGACGUCAAGGAUUUCACCAGUACAACCUCAAGAUACAUAUCAUGAGCGUAAAUCUAAAGAAAAAAGUCAUUCACAAGAAGAUGCGGAUGCUACAACUGUUUCUGAAUAUUUACUUAAAUAUUCCAAAGUUAUUUAUAAUGCACUCCUAGCUGAACUUGAAUCGCGACAAUUUUUGUAUGAAAUAGAUAAAAAACCACGCAUGUCUGAAUGUCCAACAGGACGAAGAAAGAAACGUGGUCAGAAGAAACGAAAGUAUGAAAAUAAAUUGUGGAGACAUUCCGUCUUGGUAAAGGAUGAAGGAUUGGCGGUUCGAAGAAAUAAUGUAGAGAGGCUGCGUAAGGUUGUUGUUGCUUGGGGAACGGUUGUAUGUGACGUUGAGAAUUCACUAUUGUGGAAGGGUAGCGUGUGA